UAAUAAAUUCAUUGGGUUCGGUUCGGCGACGACACUCGUUCUUUCUAUCUCGUCGGACCCCCUUCUCUCUCCGUCUCUCACCCAUUCUCCUUUUCCCCAUCUCCCGUUCGGAGCAAGAAACCUUCGCAUCUCCCCGUUCCAAUCCCAUCGGCGAUCGAUCCAUCGAUCGCCCCCAUCCAUCGACUCUCGCCGCACUAAGAUUAGGGUUCCCGGCUCCACCCGAUCCCAGCCCCAUUGCCCCAGAUCCCAACCGGAUCGGCCGCUACAUCCAUCGAGAACCCGAUUCCUCGAUCGCUUUCGCUUCUCCGCCGGUCGCGAUCGGAUCUUCCCGAUCUCGCCCUGGAGUUGCGGUAGAUCUCGGCAUAUAUGUUUCCGUGAGCCCCCUUCCCGAUCUCGAUCUGGAGGUGCGGCGGGUCUUGGCAUCUUGUAGAUCGGCGUCGGCGGGCACCAGGGCUGCGGAAAGUUGGCGCCCCAACGCAGGGCGCAGCGCCACAUGGGUGGCCAGGUGCAACAGGGCGGCGCCGGCACCGCCGCGGCGGCGGCGGCGGCCGGUGGGGACGCCGGGGAUGCCGUCAUGGCGCGGUGGCUCCAAUCCGCCGGGCUCCAGCACCUGGCCUCGCCCAUGGCGUCUUCUGACAACCGCCUCCUCCCCAAUCUCCUCAUGCAGGGAUAUGGACCUCAGUCGGUGGAGGAGAAGCAGAAACUCCUUAGGCUUUUGAGGAAUCUUAACUUCAAUGGGGAAUCUGUUUCUGAACCAUACACUCCAACAGCACAAAGUCUGGGUACGAUGACCGCAGCUGAUGGCUUCUAUUCACCUGAACUCAGAGGGGAAUUUGGAGCUGGGCUUUUGGAUCUUCAUGCUAUGGAUGACACUGAGCUUCUCUCAGAGCAUGUAUUUUCAGAACCAUUUGAGCCGUCACCAUUCUUUCCUACCAGGGGAUUUGAUGAUGACUAUGAUGUGACAUCUACUAAGCAACAAGUGCGAGCAGAGGGCAAUAUGAGGCCAGUGGAUAAUGAAAAAGAGAUUAGUACCAAAGAGAGCAAUGUUGCCAAGAUCAAAGUAGUGGUACGUAAAAGACCUCUGAACAAAAAGGAGAAAUCGCGAAAAGAGGAUGACAUUGUCACUGUAAAUGAUAAUGCAUGUUUAACUGUCCAUGAGCCAAAGCUAAAGGUCGAUUUGACUGCAUAUGUGGAGAAACAUGAAUUUUGUUUUGAUGCUGUCCUGGAUGAGCAUGUCUCUAAUGAUGAGGUCUAUCGUGUGACUGUUGAGCCUAUUAUACCGACCAUCUUUGAGCGAACAAAGGCUACUUGCUUUGCUUAUGGUCAAACAGGUAGUGGAAAGACAUAUACUAUGCAACCACUGCCACUCAGAGCUGUAGAAGACAUUGUUCGCCUGUUACAUCAACCAUUUUACCGCAAUCAAAAGUUCAAAUUAUGGCUUAGUUAUUUUGAGAUAUAUGGUGGAAAGCUUUUUGAUCUUCUCUGUGAUAGAAGGAAACUUUGCAUGAGGGAAGAUGGAAGACAGCAAGUUUGUAUUGUGGGAUUACAGGAAUUUGAGGUCUCAGAUGUUCUGAUGGUUAAGGAAUUUAUUGAGAAAGGUAAUGCUGCAAGAAGUACGGGUUCCACAGGAGCUAAUGAGGAAUCAUCAAGAUCCCAUGCUAUUUUGCAACUAGCAAUUAAGAAGCAUAGAGAAGUAGAAGAUAACAGAAGACAAAAGGAAAGUAAUGAAUCAAAGGGUGGCAAGGUGGUUGGAAAGAUAUCUUUUAUUGAUCUUGCUGGGAGCGAGCGGGGCGCUGAUACAACAGACAAUGAUCGUCAAACUAGAAUUGAGGGAGCAGAAAUAAACAAGAGCCUUUUGGCUUUAAAAGAAUGCAUCCGUGCCCUAGACAAUGAUCAAAUUCAUAUUCCAUUUAGGGGGAGCAAGUUGACCGAGGUGCUUCGUGAUUCAUUUGUUGGCAAUUCAAGGACAGUUAUGAUUUCUUGCAUUUCCCCAAAUGCUGGUUCUUGUGAACAUACCCUUAAUACUUUGAGAUAUGCUGAUAGGGUUAAAAGCCUUUCCAAGAGUGGCAAUUCUAGAAAAGAUCAGGCUUCUGCAUCUUUGGUUCCUUCGAGCAAAGAGUUAGCAUCAUCACUUCCUAUCUCAGUUGAAACAGAUAAUUUUGCGGAGCAAAAUCAAGGUUCUAAUGCAGUGGAAGUGCCCAAAAGAAAUGCUGAAAUAUUUUUGCAUAAUUCUUCAUCAGAGCCCGAUAGGAAUUCUCUUGGAACAAUGAAUUACAAUCGUAACGGAAGGGAAGAAAGCAUGCAAGUAUCAGGUUCACUUGACAGGGAACGAGCUGACUUGAAAAGCAAUCUUGGAGGUUAUAGCAACAAAUCGUAUACUGUUCAGAAUUCAUCUGAUACUCAAGAUGAAGAAAAAGUACCAAAGGUAUCCCCACCUCGGAGAAAACUGACCCGGGAAGAGAAGCCUGAGAGACAGAACUGGUCGAAAAAAGAAAGUGGGCCUCGACUGCCUCCCUCUAAUCAAAAGCAGCAACAUAUUUUUGAUUCUGCUUCUGACACUGUGUCAAAACAAUAUGAACAGGAAGCUUCAUGCAAUGAUGAAGAAAUAAAUGCUCUUCUUGAGGAAGAGGAUGCUCUGAUAGCUGCUCAUAGGAAGGAAAUUGAAAAUACAAUGGAGAUAGUGCGUGAGGAAAUGAAUUUAUUGGCGGAAGUGGACCAACCUGGCAGCCUUAUUGACAACUAUGUGACACAGUUAAGCUUUGUUCUCUCUCGCAAAGCAGCAGGGCUGGUCAGCCUUCAGGCCCGCCUGGCAAGAUUUCAACAACGCCUGAAAGAACAGGAGAUCCUCAGCAGGAAGAAGGGGCCAAAAUGAUUGCGAUCCAUCAGAGACCUUACCAUUCUCAUCCUUCCUGGUAUCUCUUCUUCCGAAGGUAGCGACACCCUUUGGGAAGUAUUAUCACUGCAGCCAGGAUGCUUCUGUUGGAAAAGGUUGGCUGUGAAACUCUGCAUUUGAACGUGUGAGUAGUCUCAGAGUCGCCCAUCCUAUUCCAGUGACAUUUAUCUUGUUUAUGGUAUUUUGCUUUGUUUGUGAACUGCUUUUGUGUGCGUGAAUGGAAUGGCGAGAUGUGCGGAGAAGAAUGUCUGCUGCUGUUGUCGCAUGAUACCAACUCCAACCAACAGCUUCGUCUGACCAGGUGGCUAUUUCAUCGGACAAUAAUUUGGAAAUAUGUAGCCAGACAUGUCUAAGAAUAUAAUAUAAUCAUAUGUUAUCAUUGGUGUCA